AAAAUAGCUAUCCCCAACCCAGAGUGAUGACCUGGCAACCCGAAAGCCUCUUAAAUAGUUCUCAGGCGGUGUUAGAAAGUUUAUUUGUUUGAGUAAAUAUGGUGGGUAAGGUGUUGCCUGUGCUGGCAUUAGUUUUCCUUAUCCUAUAUGCCAGUUUUUGUAGUGCCCAAAUGACAAAAGUCCCAUCACGGCACGUUCCAUCUUUCCAGUCAUCUGUGGAUCAGAGCCAGUUAACACAAUCAGGAGUCACUCAGCAAGAAGGAACCCUGCUUCAGGAAUCUCUCCCGAAGACUAAUCAAUCAUGGCAGCAGAUCCAAAAGGUCUCAGAAGCUUCACAGCUCUGUGAGGUGGAUGAAUCUUCUCGGGUGGGUUGUGGUGAACCUGGCAUCAGUCCUGUUGAGUGUGAAGCGCUGGAAUGUUGUUAUGAUAACAGACGGUUCAUUCAAGCUUACGAUGGCCCCAUGUGCUAUUAUGGAAAUGCAGGUGAGGAAUGGAAACUAAAUUGCUUUUUUUUGUAUUUAUCGCUUGACCCAAUUAUAUCUAGGCAUUGUGAACUCCAAAAAUGCCAAGAUUGCACUGACCACCGGUUGCUCUUGUACUUGGCUGUUUCAGUCACUGUGCAAUGCACCAUGGAUGGGCAGUUUGUAUUGGUCAUAUCCAGAGACGUCACAAUACCAAGCAUCAGUCUGGACAGCAUCUGUAUCCUGGAGGCUACUGGCAGCCCCUGUACAGCUGUUGAUGGCAAUGAUGACUUUGCCAUCUACCAGUUCCCAGUCACAGCCUGUGGUGCUAAAACAAAGGUGGAAGGUGAUUACAUUGUUUAUGAGAACAUUAUGGUAUCAUCUUAUGAAGUGGGGUUUGGUCCUCAUGGUGCAAUCACAAGAGACAGCUCUUUUGAGCUAACAUUCCAGUGCAGAUUUUUGGCCACAACAGUGGAGGAUUUAGUGGUAGAUGUGAACACACUUCCUCCUCUUCCUGUGGUUCAGCAAGGUGCCCUGAGAGUGGAGCUCAGGCUUGCUAAUGGGGUGUGUACGACUAAAGGCUGCUCUGAUGCUGAGGUGUAUAGGUCACACUACACUGAGGCUGACUACCCUGUGACCAAGGUAUUGCAGGAUCCAGUGUAUGUGGAGGUACGUGUACUGGACAGGGCAGAUCCAAAUAUCGCCCUUGUGCUGAACCACUGCUGGGCAACUAGUUCCCCAGAUUCCUCAAGCAAACCUCAGUGGGACCUGCUGGUUGAUGGGUGUCCUUAUGAAGAUGAUCGCUACCUGACAACACUGGUUCCUGUCGGCCCGUCUUAUGGUCUGCAGUAUCCAACUCACUACAGGCGCUUUGUUGUAAAGAUGUUUACCUUUGUUGACAAGGACUUACUAAUGCCUAAAAAGGAACAGCUCUACAUCCACUGUAGUACAGCUGUGUGCCAGCUCUCAGCCACAGAGUCCUGUGAACCAAGCUGUCAUAGGACAAAAAGAUCAGUUUCAGCUGUGCAGAAUUCUGGGAAGAAAGUCCUAGUCUCUAGUGGUAUGGUCCUUGUUCUUGCCGACUUGCCAGUUUCGUCUAAGAGCCAAGCAGAUGGUCUUCAGGAAGUGCCUCAGGGUAUCUGCUAUGGACUGUAUGGUGUAGCUGCUCUCGUGGUGAUGAGUGUCUGUGUGCUCCUGGUGGCUGUUCUGAGACAAAGGCCAAGAUGGUGUCCUCACCUUCAGAUUACAAGGCUGUAG